GGGGCUGAGAUACCCAGGGGGGGUGUGGAGGGUAGGAAGAGGAGGCAAGUAAAAAGGGCUUCUACACCCUGCGACCAAUGGGACCUUCCUCUCUUCAAUGAAACUUGCUGUGUCGGUCCAGGCUGUUUUCUCCAAGGACACGAAGAGGAAAUAAACAAUUACAGUGAGGUCCUUCACACACGACCUCUGUUUGUGGAUUCCUGAUGCUUUCUCCCUCGCUCUGUCUCAGGAAUGCUGACUGUGCAGCAAGUCAACACACCAAACCUGUUCUGUUGGCAAUGGCAAGGUGUUGCUGCUGCAGGUAAGAGCUCUGUGUGCCCUGCUGCUGUAUGAACAGAAUCAGGAAGUUGCCCAGAUCACAUCUUGCAGAAGAAGAAGCUGCAAUAAUGCUUUCCGCUGGCAGAAUAGUGCCAAACGAGCAAGAGGCAGGUGGAAGUGCGAGAUUACAAGGUCUCUCAGUUUAAAUGACUAAAACUGUGUCAAGCAACAGCAACUUGGGGGAAAAUGAAUAAAGAAAUAGAAGCAGAACUUCAAGGCUGGCAGAACAUCAAGAAAGACGUUGGCAUUUUUAAACUGCCGAAAUACAGGUCUACCAAGGAAUCAAGCGUUAACACACAAGAGGGAGCUGUGGCCAGAUCUCCCAAGAUGAGGGAAGCUCGUAACAUGAGUAGAGCGGAGAGCUUGAGUAGGACUCCAUCCCCGGCCACAAUGAGUAAGAGGAAGAGAGGCAUACGAGGAAGUCUAUGGAGUAACACAGGGUCACUGCCCUUUGGAGGAGCCUGGAUUUCGGCUGCUAGUUUUGAUGUACAGGAUGGUCCGCAAAUAGAUUCUGGUAUUUCUAGCCUGGUUCUAGACCCGGUGGAACAUGCGUGGAUGAUUAUGGCUGCAGAAGGCAACUAUGAGGCUGUGAAGGAAUCCCUUGAAGAAGAUCCAAGUCUUUUGUAUAAGAGGGACUUUGUAACUGGGUACUCAAUAAUCCAUUGGAUUGCCAAGCAUGGCAACCAUGAGGAUCUUAUUGAGUUGAUGGGCUUUGCUCAAGGUAGUGGUUACCCACUGGAUAUAAAUGCUCGUGCCAGCGGAGGACUCACCCCGUUGCAUAUAGCUGCUAUACAGGGGCAUGGCAUGGUGAUCAAGGUGCUGGUGGGUGCGUUCAAUGCCAAUGUGCAUCUCAGGGACCAAAAUGGGCGUAAGGCUUGGCAAUACCUAAAACCAGGUACCGCUAGACAGUUUCAGGAACUGUUGGGGGCUCCUGAAGAAGAAGAAACUGGUACCUUUGGCUUAGCUACAAUGAACAGCAAUAACAAUUGCCAUUCAGUCAGUCCUCACGGAUUGACACCACAGAGAGCGGACGAGGUAGACUUUCCAUCUAGAAUCACAGUCACGGUAGCACCUAUUCAGAACCUAUUCAGAACUGCCUUCAGAUUCCUAAAGAAAUGGUGACUAAGCACUAUAACAAAUACAGGUUAUCUAUUCAUUUUAAAAAAUAUCAAGUGCCAUUGUGUCUUUGGCAACAAGGGUGGGUAACCUGCCACAGUUCAUUUCUUGCUGAGGGUGAUUGUUGCUGUAGUCCAACCAAAAAUGGGGACUGCAAUUUGCACUUAAACACAAUGUAUAAAAUAUAUGCAGGGGGAAAUGUGAGCACUGUAGUAUCUCCACGCACAAGACGUUUUUUUUUUUUUUUUUUUAAAUAACUAUGUAUCAGCUAAUGAAUUUAGUGCAGUGGUGUACAAUUAAAAGUGAACGCUGCUAGUUUUUAAGUGACAAAUGCUAUAUCUGUGAUCUUUAAACGAGAACUGUCACUUUCCAGGGUGUUUAGUAUUAUGUUUACUUAUCUUCUAUAUUAAACAAACUGCAUUUGCAAGGUGUGAGAAAUAAAAUUAAAUUAGAAAUCCACAUUUCUUUAUCCCGCAAUGGGGUGCCUCCAUGCUACCUCCAUGUCAAUCAUUUUUACAAGAAAUACAGAUUAGAGCAUAGUGCGCACACAAACAAAAACAGUUAAAAUUUUACAAGGCUAUUUAAA